UUUUUUUAUUUUCUUUAUUAGAAACCAUGAGUCCACUUACAGCAGAAGAGAAAUACAACCUUAUCACACGUAACCUUCAAGAAGUACUUGGCGGUGAUGAAAUCAAAAAGAUUCUUGCUGAACGUGACCUUAAAAUGUACUGGGGUACUGCUCCUACGGGUAAACCUCAUGUAGGUUACUUUGUGCCCAUGACAAAGAUUGCCGACUUUUUGUCUGCUGGUGUUGAGAUGAAAAUCCUUUUGGCCGAUCUCCAUGCUUUCCUUGACAACAUGAAAGCACCUCUUGAAUUGGUCCAUCACCGUGUCAAGUAUUACGAGGCCAUGAUCAAGACUAUCUUGACCUCACUCGGCGUACCUAUCGAAAAGCUUCAUUUUGUGAUUGGUUCCAGUUACGAACUCUCAAAAGAAUACUCGAUGGACAACUUGCGUCUCAGUGCCAUGAUCACGGAACACGAUGCAAAAAAAGCUGGUGCUGAAGUCGUCAAGCAAGUCGCUUCACCUCUGUUGAGUGGUUUGUUGUACCCCGGUAUGCAAGCCUUGGAUGAAGAAUACUUGGGUGUCGAUGCUCAGUUCGGUGGUGUGGAUCAACGCAAGAUUUUUGUAAUGGCUGAGAAAUACAUGCCCAUGUUGGGUUACAAGAAGCGGUCUCACUUGAUGAACCCUAUGGUGCCCGGUUUGGCUGGUUCCAAAAUGUCUUCCUCGGAUCCUGAUUCCAAGAUUGAUUUCUUGGACAGUCCUAAAGAUGUACAAAAGAAGAUCAAAAAGGCGUUUUGUGAAGAAGGCAAUAUUGAAGAAAACGGUAUUUUGUCGUUUGUCAAGUCUGUCUAUUUCCCUCUCAAGUCAUUGAAUGGCAACAAGCCUACAUUUACCUGUAUUCGUCCUGAACAAUACGGUGGUAAUAUGGUCUAUGAUACCUACGAAGCUUUAGAAAAAGACUUUGCUGAUAAGAAAGUGCAUCCUGGUGACUUGAAGGCCGGUGUGAUUGCUGCUAUCAACGAGUUAUUAGAUCCUAUUCGUAAAGCAUUUGAAGAUCCUGAGUUCAAGAAAUUGACUGAAUUGGCUUAUCCUGCCCCUAAGCCUGUUGAAAAAGUCAAUCCCAAGAAGGAAAAGAAGGAAAAGAAGAAGGCUGAAAGAGCUGCUGCCUUGGCUGCUAAGGCUGCUGCUGAUGAAGAAGAAGAAAAGAAAGAGGAAUAA